AUGCUGACUGCGCUCACGAAUCGCACGCAAGCGCUCGAGGCGUCGCAGAUGCAGAUAGACGAGGACGAGCGACUGCGAGGCGCGAUAGACAGUAACUCCUUUGCGUCAGCACUAGAACGCGGCAUGGGUGGAACGACCUUUACAUCGUGA